GACCUAGACCUGCAGAGGGAGGCGAGAGCUCCGAAGUCGAGGAUCAAGGGUUUUCGGGAUAUCAAUGCAAGUGCAAGACAGCAUCAGAGUGUAAAUCACUCCUUCCCUAAAGCGAACUGCCGCCGAGGAACCUCCAGGAACCUAUCUAGGCCUCGCGCUUGCACCAGCAAUUUUAGCAGGAAAUGUAAAGCAGACCAUCCUCUUGCUUGGCGAGGCUUAAGGACUGUUCCUGAGGCUGAAGAUUGAUCGUAGUGCACCAGAUUCACGACCUUGUAAUCGACCAAGUAGACAUGACUUUACAGCGUCGGUUAGUGUGUUACACAGGCUACUCCCUUGGACACCAGAUCGAAUUAGUGUGUCGCGAGGAGCAACCGAACGUCCCAAACGUGUAAUGCCUGCCCCGCCCCCUGGAAAGGUGAACAAACUACUUGGUGGUAACGAUUACGAUCAUAAGCGUAACUCCAUGCAACUGAUCUCCAUACAAUCGAAUGCUCUUCAUGCAUGGGUGGUACGGAGGACUCCCCCGGGCGCCGAGGGUCGAGCAUGCAGGGGUGCCAAUCAGUGGCACGGGCUUUAUCAAGUUGUCGAGCGAGCAAGAGAGAGAAUAUCCAAUUCAGGCCUUCCGGUCAAUGCUAAAGAUGGGAGAGAAGCGAUCGCGGGACGAGGCUCCGAUAGACUGGCAGAAGCGCCACCGAUGUAUAUAUAUAUAUAUAUCCUUACGGGUCUUUGGAGCCCGUUAGAUGUUCGAGUUCGAUGGCUUCUCUUUCACAAUGAACUUCUACGGGAAUCGUCCCGCUUCCAUCCCCCCCCCCCCCCCCCGGAACUCCGGAUCGACGAAGCGGAGCCCGGCUGGAGAAGGCAGAGAGGUGUGGCCAGGGCGUCGGGCAGUAAACAGUAAAGCGUCACGCCAAUCUCUCUUUCGGAAAAAAAUGUUCAGCGGGAAGGCCCCACUUAGAGGAGCUGCCC